AUGUCCUUCGCCGAGAAGCGGUAUGACUGGAGCGACCUCAAGGUCCUUCACCGCAAUAGGCUUCCUACGCGUGCUCACUUCUAUCCAUUCUCGACCAGAGACGAUGCACUCACUCUGAAUCGCGACAAAGCCGCAUAUCAGUCCUUGAAUGGCACAUGGAAAUUUCGCCACGAUGCCUCCCCCUUUGAGGCACCUGACUGGGAGAACGCCCAGCCUCUCACCUGGGCCAACAUCCAGGUCCCUGGCAUGUGGCAACUUCAGGGACACAGUCGGCCUCUGUACUCGAAUGUCAACUAUCCCUUCCCCGUUGACCCGCCGAACGUGCCGCUGCUGAACGAGACUGGCUCGUACUGGCGCUGUUUCACGACACCAGCCGAUUGGCGAGAUCGUCAGAUACGGCUGCGCUUCGAGGGAGUCGACAGUGCUUUCCAUGUAUGGGCAAACGGCCUUGAGGUCGGUUACAGUCAGGGAAGCCGGAACGCGGCCGAAUUCGACAUCAGUUCGCUGCUCCACGAGCCAGGGUCCCUCAACACUCUCGCCGUCCGUGUCUAUGAGCUCUGUGAUGGCUCUUACAUUGAGCGACAGGACCAGUGGACCCUGUCUGGAAUCUUUAGGGACGUCUAUCUUGUCGCUUUUGACUCACUCGCCAUAGUGGAUUUCGAGGCCUUCCCCAUUGUGCACGAGAGCCUGACCCGGGCUUCUCUCAGGGUGCGUCUGACCGUUCAAGGUGCUGAGCCUGGGACCCUGGCCAAGGCCGAGCUGCUGAGUCCCGUGGGAUCAUCUCUGUGGCAAACGACUGCAGCACCUUCCGAGGAUCUCGAGCUUGUCCUCGAGGGAGAUGACCUCCACUUGUGGUCGGCAGAGUCACCAGUGCUCUAUACCUUGCUCAUCAAGGUCGGCAGCUGCUUUGUCUCGCAUCGAGUAGGCUUCCGCCGCAUAGAAAUGAAGAGUGGAAACUUUCUCGUCAACGGGGACCCCAUCAUUCUGUAUGGCGUCAACCGCCAUGAACAUCAUCACCUUCAUGGACGUGCUGUCCCCUACGAAGCCAUGUACGCGGACCUCAUUCUGAUGAAGCAACACAAUAUCAACGCGUUGCGAUGCUCUCAUCAGCCGAAUGACCCCAGACUCUACGAAGCAUGCGACGAGUUAGGCCUUUACGUCAUGGCCGAGGCAGACCUCGAGACCCACGGAUUUGACCCAGAGUUAUCCUACGACCGCGCAAAGGCUUGGACUUCUGACAACCCCGAGUGGCAUGAUGCCUACUUGGACCGCGCUGUGCAGCUGGUGGAGAGGUUCAAGAACCACGCCUCAGUCAUCUUCUGGUCUCUGGGAAACGAGGCCUUCUACGGCAGAAACCACGCCGCCAUGUACCACUGGGUGAAGAAGCGAGACCCGACGCGGCUGGUUCAUUACGAGGGCGACCGCGAGGGCGUCACGACCGACUUUUACAGCGUCAUGUACGCCACCAUCGACGAGCUGAAGGAGCAUGUCCUUGCAAAACCAGAUCGGUGCUUGAUCCAGUGCGAGUACGGCCAUGCUAUGGGCAAUGGCCCUGGAGGUCUCACGAACUAUAUCAACGCCUAUCGAUCUGACAGGCUGCUCCAGGGAGGUUACAUCUGGGAAUGGUGUAACCACGGCCUUCUCAAGAGAGAAGGCAAGCUUUCGUACUUUGCUUAUGGUGGUGAUUAUGGGGAUACACCCAACGAUGCCGACUUUGUCAUGGAUGGGCUGACCUUUUCUGACCACUCACCCACACCCGGCUUGGUCGAGUACAAGAAGGCGAUUGAGCCGGUGACUAUCAGCCUGGAGAAUGGGAAACUUCGCAUCAAGAGCCACUAUGCCUUUGUUAGUCUAGACCACCUAUGUGCGUUCUGGCACUUGGUCGGUGAGGUGGGAAACACGGACCUACAUGAUCUUGACCUACCUCUCGUUCCCGCAGGUGGAGAAGCCCUAGUCAACCUACCUGACCACUGUGCCACCUCGGACAACUAUGAGUGGCUCUUUGUGAGUCUAAAGCUGAAAGAAGACACAGCUUGGGCUUCCAAAGGCCAUGAGGUCGCAUGGGGUCAGGUGCCAUUGCCGGACAACCACAGGGAUCGAGACCUGGUUCUCCCAACGGCGGUUUCACUCCCCUCCACUGAGCCGUCGGUUCGAGAGUAUGAUGGACGACUCGUCGUGUUCUGGCCAGGAUUUAGCCAAGUCUUCCACUUUGACCUGGUCCGGGGUAGUCUUAAGUGGGCGAAUGACAGGGGCGCCGUCAUCGACAAGGGACCUGAGCUGGGCCUCUACCGCGCCCUAACCCAAAACGAUAUUGGAUUCGGCGGUGAUGGCGUCGAAUGGGGAAGAUUCAGACUCUCAGAAACCAAGAUGCACAUGCGGAGCGCCAGUUGGCAACUGGGAGCGGAUAAGAAGAGCCUUGUCCUCCAUUGCAAAGUUCGCGUCGCCCCCCCUGUUCUGGCCUGGGCCAGCAACGCCACCAUGACUUACACUUUUGGCGAGGAAGGGGUAAGCAUACACGUCCAAGGGAGCUUCUCUGGUACGCUUCCCACUCACGUGCCUCGCAUCGGUCUGACCAUGUCGCUUCCCAAGCAUGUCGACAGAGCAACAUGGUAUGGGCGUGGUCCAGGAGAGUCGUACCGUGACAAGAAGCAUGCAGCUCGGUUCGGACGCUGGGAGUCGUCCAUAGAUGAUCUACAUACCCCUUACGAGUGGCCGCAGGAGAACGGAAACCGGAGCGAUGUGCGCUGGGUCAAGUUGCAGGCAAGCUCCGGCCGAGGACCAGCGCUAGAGGCGCGUAUGGAGUGCCCCUUUAACUUCUCGGUUCGCAAGUAUGCAACGCCGGACCUGGACCAGGCAAGGCACCCCCACGAACUGACGGAACUAGACGAGACAAUCCUAAAUCUGGACGUCGCCCAGCACGGGCUGGGGAGUGGCAGCUGCGGACCGCUGGCCUUUCAGGGUGACAGGCUGCGGCCAGAGAGCUUUGACUUUACGGUUGGGCUGAGCGCAACGAAGGAGUGA